AUGAAACACAGAUUAUCCCACGAAAUAGAUAACUACCCUGAACCAGACGAUGUGGGCAUAAUCAGAGUAACGGCAAGGAUCUUUGGCCAAGAUGAUAACUCGACGUUCACGGCUCUGUCGCUUGCAAGAGACUUCAUAGAGAACGACGAGUGUACAACAAAAGAAGACUUGAACUACUUCUUGCUGGAAGCCGGAAUCAACGAAGAUUUUAUCGAUAAUGCGAUACUGGAGCUAAUUGUUUAUGUUGAUGAGGUAACUUGCCCUGCAAGUAUCGAGUACUCUCCUGGAUGUGCUUUGAAAGUUCGGUUGGAUCUUAUUCCUGAUUAUCUCGAUGAUGAUGAUGAUGACUCUGAGGUUCAAGAAGCUGCUCAAGCCUCGUUUGAUGAAACUAUCAGUAUCCGGUUUCGACCAGCUAGCAAGCUCGUUGUCAAGUCGCUAACCAGGAAAAUAUACAACAAGAAGAUUAAAAAGGAAAAGAAGAAGAUGAUUAGCUUGGAAGAGUGCAGGAUUUGUUUGCAAAAGUUUAGCAAUGGAGGAAUGGUUGUGACUUUAUCAUGUGGACAUGAGUUUGACGAAGAGUGUAUCGUAAAGUGGUUUGAGACCAGUCAUGUUUGUCCUUUGUGUCGUCUCGAGUUGCCAUGUCAAGAUGAACUAUAG